CCUACCAUGCCUACCAGGCAAUUGACCACAACGAGCGGUGACUUCUGCUUGUCAAACUCACCAGAUGUUCGCAAGCACCUUGGAACAUACGGUCUGACUCCUCCUGCCGUCGAGAGCUUCGACGUGCAAGCCCAGCGAUGCCUCAGGCUCCUUGCCACGAAGACCACCCCAAUUGAGAAGUUCCAGUACCUUGUCCACCUCAAGGCCACAAACGUGCACCUGUUCUACAGGCUGCUCUCGCAGAACAUCAAGGAAUUGACUCCCCUCAUCUACACCCCGACUGUCGGCGAGGCCUGCGUAAGAUGGCACGAGAUCUGGACACAGCCUGAGGGCAUGUACCUCUCCUUCAGCGACCGUGGCAACCUCCGCCAGAUCCUCGACAACUGGCCCCACGAGGUCGAGAUCACCGUCCUCACAGACGGCUCUCGUAUUCUGGGUCUCGGAGAUCUCGGUGUGAACGGUAUGGGUAUCCCCGUUGGCAAGCUGUCUCUGUACACUGCCUGCGCUGGUAUCCGUCCCGAGGCCACCCUUCCUCUUACCCUCGACUUGGGCACAAACAACAAGGCUCUCCGCGAGGAUCCCCUGUACAUGGGCUCAAGGGUGCCUAAGGUCACUCCCGAGGAGGAGAAGGAGUUCCUCGACGAGCUCAUGGUUGCCCUGACCGACAAGUGGCCCAAUAUCGUUAUCCAAUUCGAGGACUUCAAGAACCCCUUCCCCGCCCUCGAGCGCUACCAGAACACCUACAGCAUGUUCAACGACGACGUUCAGGGAACUGGUGCCGUCAUUGUUGGUGGAUUCAUCAACGCCGUUAAGGCGUCUGGUGUCCCUGUCAAGGACCACAAGGCUAUCUUCCUCGGUGCCGGCAGUGCUGGUGUCGGUGUUGCCAAGCAGAUCGUUGAGUUCUUCAAGAAGGAGGGUCUGACAGAAGAGGAGGCUCGCCGCAAGUUCUGGUUCGUCGACUCGAACGGUCUCGUUACCCUGGACCGUGGUGACAAGCUCGCCGACCAUAAGGUCUACUUCGCCCGCGACGACAACAACGGCCGCCAGUACCAGUCCCUCGCCCGCCUGAUCGACUACGUCCAGCCCACCAUCCUUAUGGGUCUGUCUACCAUUGGUGGUGCUUUCAACAAGGAGAUUCUCCAGAAGAUGGCCAAGCUGAACAACCACCCCGUCAUCUUUCCCUUGUCCAACCCCUCCAGCAAGUCUGAGUGCACAUUCGAGGAGGCAGUUCUCAACACUGAGGGCCGCUGCCUGUUCGCCUCCGGCUCGCCAUUUCCCUCCAUGGAGUACAACGGCAAGCUCCUCACCCCCGGUCAGGGCAACAACAUGUACGUGUUCCCUGGUAUUGGUCUCGGUGCCAUCCUUUCCAAGGCCACUUCCGUUACACAAGACAUGAUCUACGCCUCCGCCGAGUCCCUCUCCACAUCCCUGAACAAGCAGGAGGUCGCAGAUGGCUGGCUGUACCCCGACAUCCGCCGCAUCCGCGACGUCUCCGUUGUUGUCACCCGUGGUGUCAUCCGCGCAGCUCAGCAGAACGGUGUCGACCGCGCUUCUGAGCUCCGCAACCUCUCCGACGAGGAGCUUGACGCCUACAUCGUCGAGAGCAUGUACGACCCCUUCAAGGAUGGCGAGCAGCUUGGCGAGGAGGUCGCAAACCUCGUUGCUCAGACAAACCAGUCAAACGAUGUCAACGGCAUCACCAACGGUGUUGCUCAUUCGCACUUGUAAGAGCUUUCUGUUCAUGAACCUCAUUUUCGGCGCUUGGGUUGUUUCUAGGACAAAGUCCUCACGUUCGGCCACCACACUUUUCGGCUACAAAAUGGACUCAGCUAUGGACUUUUGGGAUGGAUGAUUCGAUACCCUGUUACACGUCCUCCCUUCUCGCAUAUGCAUAGGUAGAUACUUGUUGAGC